AUGGCGGCACGACCGCUCGUCACCGUUUACAGCGAGAAAAAUGAGGCUACGCCCACUCAAGUAAAGCUGCCGGCCGUCUUCCGUGCCCCGAUCAGGCCCGACGUCGUCAGCUUCAUCCACGACCAAAUCAGCCGCAACAAGCUCCAGGCUCGCGCUGUUUCCACCGAAGCCGGCAAGCAAUCCUCGGCCGAAUCUUGGGGAACUGGACGUGCCGUUGCCCGUAUUCCCCGCGUUCGUGGAGGUGGUACCCACCGCUCGGGCCAAGGAGCCUUCGGAAACAUGUGCCGUGGAGGACACAUGUUCGCCCCGCUCAAGGUCUGGAGGCGCUGGCACCGACGCGUCAAUGUUGCCCAAAAACGAUACGCCAUCACCUCGGCCAUCGCUGCCUCCGGCAUGCCAGCCCUGGUCCAGGCUCGCGGACACGUCAUCGACCAAGUUGCCGAAAUCCCGUUCGUCGUCUCCGACAAGGUUGAAGCUUUCCGCAAGACCAAGGAGGCCGUCGCUUUCCUACGCCGCGCUCACCUCUGGGCUGACAUCGAGAAGGUUUACAACAGCAAGCGUUACCGCGCCGGAGUGGGAAAGAUGCGCAACCGUCGCUACAAGCAAAAGCUCGGCCCACUUGUCAUCUACGGCCAGGAUGCCGGCGUCGCCCGUGCCUUCCGCAACAUCCCCGGCAUUGAUGUCCUCAACGUUGAGCGCCUGAACCUAUUGAAGGUCGCUCCCGGAGGCCACCUCGGACGUCUCGUUAUCUGGACAGAGUCUGCUUUCAAGAAGCUCGAUGCCAUCUACGGAACCCAGAGCGCCCCAUCUGAGCUCAAGAAGGGCUUCGUCCUCCCCACCGCCAAGAUGGCCAACCCCGACUUCACCCGCAUCGUUCGCUCCGAGGAGGUUGUGAAGGCUGUGCGACCAGCUCGCAAGGCCGCUGCCGCCCCGAAGGUGCACCGCAACCCGCUGAAGAAGUUCGCUUUGAUGAAGACUCUCAACCCGUAUGCCGCCGUUAUCCGAGAAGCCGCCCACAAGAAGCAAAAAGCC